AUGAAAAUUAUUUCCUUUCAAGGAAGCAAACAUUCAACCUAAAUAUCAUUUAGUGUGUUAUCAGAUCAAUCAAAAUGCACAUAAUUUAAAGAUAGUAUCACUUAAUUAUUAAUUUUAUAGCUUUAUUUAAAUGUGAUAAACCUGCUUUCAGAAAGGCUAAUAAUGCUUCUGAUUAUCAAUUCUGA